AAGAAGAUCAAGUGUGCCCCUUUCUGUGUUCAUUGUCUAUUUCUAUAUAGCACACUAACUUCCACUUCUCUGAAACACAGCAUUAUCUAUCUCACAAGUCACAACUACUACUACUCUCUCUCUUUUAUUAUCACCCCUUUUGCACUAAAUCUCACUCUCUCUUCUAUAUCAAGGGCUGAUCACAGAACCUCAAUAUAUUUCUAAUAAUAAUUUGUAAAGUUUGAGUUAUUGUUUCGAGACACACAGAAAAAGAGAGAGAGAGAGAGAAAGAAAUGGGAAGAGGGAGGGUUGAGCUGAAGAGGAUAGAGAACAAAAUCAACCGCCAAGUUACUUUCUCAAAAAGAAGGAACGGUUUGCUCAAGAAAGCCUAUGAGCUCUCAGUUCUCUGCGAUGCUGAGGUUGCCCUCAUCAUUUUCUCAAGCCGUGGAAAGCUCUAUGAAUUUGGAAAUGUUGGCAUUACCAAAACUAUUGAGCGAUACCAACGUUGCUCUUUUACUCCUCAAGAUGAACACGUUGAAUGUGAAACUCAGAGCUGGUACCAAGAGGUGUCAAAGCUAAAGGCAAAGUAUGAGUCUCUUCAAAGGACUCAGAGGCAUUUACUCGGGGAAGACCUUGGACCAUUGAACAUAAAGGAGCUGCAGAAUCUUGAGAAACAACUUGAAGGGGCUUUAGCACAAACUAGGCAAAGGAAGACACAAAUUAUGAUUGAACAAAUGGAAGAGCUUCGCAUAAGGGAACGCCAACUUGGAGACAUGAACAAGCAACUUAGACUUAAGCUUGAAGCUCAGGGGUUUAAUCUUAAAGCUAUGGAAAGCUUGUGGAGCUCCACUUCAGCUGCUGGAAAUAGUGGCUUUCCCUUUCAGCCUCCUCAAAACAGCCCUAUGGAUUACCAGGCAGAACCCUUUUUGCAAAUAGGGUAUCAUCAAUAUGUUCAAGCUGAGGCAUCUAAUGUUUCAAAGAGCAUGGCUUGUGAAACUAACUUCAUGCAAGGAUGGAUCCUUUGAUCAAUCAUACUUAAUAAUUAAGUAUAUGAUUUACCCUAUUGUUUAUAUGCUUUUUAGAUUUGUGUUUUGGAUGUACCUUUGUGGCCAGCAAGUUGCAGACUUCUUUAGUGCUUUCUGAAAUUGGAUACAAGUACAGACAAUGGUUUUACUAUAUGUUAAAGCAAUGCUAUUGUUUUGAACUUUAAAUCUA